CAUCUGGCUAACAGCCUGGAUGGAAAAUUUAUAAUGUUAACUUACAAGUUCCUUGGAAGAAGAGGUUUUAACAAGGGAAUGAAAGAAAGAAUAAUAUGAAAAAGAAAUUGUUGAGUGGAGCUUCUCAGAGUUUUUAUGGUAUAUUUAAUAAUUUAUUGGCUGGCUGAAAAUUAAAUCAUAAAAUAAACCUACUGACAGAAAUAUGAUUGUUAAAACUUCAUCACAAACACAGUACUUGAUUUGUAUUUAUUUCAGCAAUCAGUUAAACCCUUUGUAUUAAACUCUUAAAUUGUAUUUUUCUUUGUACAGCUCUGGCCCUUCAAGUCCAAAUCUGGAGCUUUGUUUGUGAUUCAGUUCCUUUUUACAAUGUUGUUUCUGAUCUUACUGGAAGUCAUAAAAGAAAGCCCAGAAUGUCUCAAGGCAUUGUACUGGACGUAUUUGGGCAUGUUCUGGAUUCAGUGUAUUACAACAAUUGUUUGGGUGAUUUCAAUUGCUAAAAUCACACACGAAGAGGGUCCUACACUCAUGACAAAGAUUCUUCUAGUUGUUGGAGUCCUAAUCAUUCUACCUGGAGAUAUCCCAUCCUUUGUUUGGUCAUUUUGCAUUUGUUGCAUAUGUAUCCCAUGGUCCUUUUUGACCUGUUAUGAUAUUGCAUUGUUCCUCUCCAUUCCUUCUGUCAUCAUUUUCUUUCUUGUUUUGAGGAGAGAGUUUCUCAGACUAGAUCAGGUGAGAGCCGUUCUAAAAUGCUUAAUACAUAGUGAUGUGCUUAAUUUAUAAAUAAGACUGAAGACAGAGAACAGAUCCCAGACCAUUUAAAAGUUAAUAAUAGUUUGAUUAUUGUAAUGUUCAGUGGUAUUUUGUAUGAGUACAGACAUGCACAUUGCACAAUGACUGGAUAGCCAUGUUGGAAUAAAACUUGGAUUUUUUUUUCUAAAGCUUCCUUUAACUGAACCAUCAUGCUCUUACAACAAGAAUAUUACAAUUAUCAGGGACCAUUUUUUGGUAUAUAAAAAACCUGUCUAACUGGCUCUUACUUGGUGUAGAAGACAGUCAAUGUAAAAUAAUAGACAACAAGAGAAUGCUAUGAAGGAGCUGUCUGACUUUCUGAUUGGAUUGAACAAAGAUGACCUUUUCCAAUAAAAAUGGGGUUUUGUGUACACCGUUCGUCAGUUGUUGAUUAACUGGCCAGUCAAGUUGUUAUUUUGGCAGUAGGUAUCCGAUUAGUGGUCAUUGCUGUUGUAGAGCGGUGGCUGUUGUAGAGAGGUCAAAGUAAGAGUGAAUGUAUGGACCAGCUGUUGGGACAAAACAUAGGCACGCUAUGCGUGCAAGAGUUAUUUUUUUUUGUGAACUAAACGUCUGAGAUAGGAGCAUUCAUAGAAUUGUUUACAGUAACGAUG